AAAUUGUUCAUUUCCGUUUCCGGUCGUGAAAGAAGAUGGAGGACAGAAUCGUUCAAGAGUUGGAACAAGUCACACAAAUUGUGUUGGCUCCUCCAAACAUUGUGACACCAGAUGCGCGCCAUGCUGCAGAAAAUGUCAUUAUGGAGUUUCGGAAGACAAAGAUGCCGUAUAAAUUAUGCAGAUACAUUCUUGAAAACAGCAAGUGUGACUAUGUCCUGUUCCAAGCAGCCACUACAAUAAAGGAGGGUGUCAUUAGAGAAUGGUCCAUCCUCAGCUCCGAGGAUGUGGAAUCCUUACGCUCAUUCUUACUUCGCUUCAUCACUCAAAAUAUAACGAUACAGAGCUAUGUGAGAGAGCAGAUCCUCCAAACUGUGGCUGUAGUACUGAAGCGCGGUACCUUGGAGGAUCUCAAGGGGGCCAGCAGGAACAGUCUCUUCCAGGACGUCACUCACCUCGUCAGUAGUGGCAACGUCACCAUGCAACUGGUGGCAUGCUCCAUGCUGACAGCAUUACUGAAUGAAUACUCCAGCUCCAGCAGAACUAGCAGUGUGGGAUUUACCUGGGAGUUUCACACUCGCUGCAAGCGGGCAUUUGAGGAGUCUGACUUAAAGAGGGUAUUGCUCUUUGCGCUACAAGUACUGAAUGAGUUAGAAAAACAACCGAGUCCUCUGCCCCGAGAGGCCAUGGCUGUCCUCAACAGAAUGCUUUCAAUCUCUGAACAAGUUCUGUGCUGGGAGUUUGUACCCAAAGCUGCUAGGAGACAUGUUGGAUCUUUUGAGAUGAGUCAGAACAUUCCACUAAAGCCAAAUGAAAAAUGGAGAGACACAUUAAUGGACAAGACAGUAUUAAUUCUAUUUUUCAAGGUCCACAGAAAGGUGAGACAUAACUCGGAGAUGGCCCACCACUCCAUGCAGUGUCUAACACAGCUUGCCUCACUCAAUGGAAACAUCUUCGCUGACGACAAAGCACGCUGUGAAUACCUGGCAACAUUUAUUGAUGGAUUUUUACAGCUAAUUACAAGCAUUGACCUUCAGGACUAUGAAAACCUUGGAGUAGCUAACAUCUUCAAAAACCUGGUGAUGCAGUUCCCAAUAGCAUCUAUGUUUGCAUUACCAGAGAAAAUGUUUGACCAGUUUUUAGAGGAGCUGACCAGGCUAAGCUGUACCAUGGGUCAAGGAGCAGCUUUAGAGGAGGCAUACCACAAAGACGACACAAUUCACAUGGAGGCAUAUGAGAAGAUGCUGGAAACUUGGAUGGAGCUGAUCUCUAAAAUGAAGGAUGUUUCCCUGGACAAAUUACGACCACAGACUCAACAGGUGUUCAACUCGUACAUCCAGUGUCAUAUCAGUGCCCCAGACGGUACCAGAACACGGGAAGGGGUAGAUUUGGUGUCAGAUGAAGAUGAGAUUGACAGUGUUGAAGAAGAUGAUAGGGAGAGGUUUGCUGACCAGCUCUGUAGUAUUGGUAUAUUUGGGCGGAUGGUACCAGGACACAGCAUUCCUAGCCUCUGUCGGUUACUGGAGGAUCGAGUUGCUAGGUUACAUGGGCAACUGCAGAGACUGCAGCAUCAGCAACAAUCACAUACACAGCCCCCUCCUAUGGACCCUCACCUCACCAUGUUGUAUGAGGAUAUACACUGGAUUAUUUUAGUCACCACUUAUGUAUUAACAGAGGAAUCAGAAGGAGAGACCCCUAUGAUCCCGUCUGACAUAAUGGAGUAUUCCAUCAGCCAGUCAAAGACCGUAGACAUUCCCACCACACUCAAGGUACUUGCUUCUCCUGGAGAGAGGGCAGACAGCAUUCCAGGGGCAGACCAUAACACCGACUUUGUUGUCAGGUUGAUAUCCUCAGUAUUACGCCUCUGUGAGGUAGAGAAGCGGGCACUUCAAGCUAAGAUGACUUCAUCACUGAGUCCACAAGUGAGCGCCAGUAUGAUGUGGUUUCUACGGCGAUGGUCACAAUGCUAUCUCCUGCCAGAUGAAAACUAUUACUCACAGACCCCAAAGCUUUCAUACACUGGUAAAGUGAAUCCCUUGGGCCCAUGUGUGAGCCCGGCCAUUUUGUCUGCAUUUGGACGCGACUCUGAAGGUGCCCAGUGGACAGUACAGUUUCUACUUGAGAAGAUCCUCAGCAACUUAUCGUGUUGGUUAGGGGAGGCUGGCAUAUUAGAGGAUACAUUGUCUCUCCUCAACUCAAUGGUGGACAACAGAAUCAGGGCUGAAUAUGUAACGAAGUGCAGUUUAUUGUGGACGCUUGCCAAGCAGGAGGCUGAACACAAGCCGCCCCUCAGUCUGUUGCCAUUCUCGUGUAAGAGGAUGUUACUGCGGUCCCUUGUACAGGCAGGAUCAGGGGUGGAGGAGAGCUGGAAGGACCAGUACUGGGCUUGUGUACUCACUUCCAUACACACCAGAUUUUAUGAGACAGUAUGUCAUGAACAUUUUGCCAAGAUGUCGUAUGUAACCAGCAUGAAGGACAGAAUUAUCGAUCUGCUGGAGUGUCUGUGUGGUAUUGCCCAGGGCGCACGUAUCGAUAACAUGGAGCGUAUCUUCAACUUCUUCCAUCCUCUUAUGACAGACUCUGUAAAACUUCUAGACGUUUACCAUGAUUAUGAGGAUGUCGUACAGCUGGUGAUCAAGUUUUUCUCUGAGGCAGUUCAAGCAAUGCUGUGUUAUCUAGGCGAGAGGGAUUCCAAGAAAAUGUAUGAACUUUGCCUGUCACUGACACAAACUUAUUCAAAGCACAAUAUUGGUAAACGUAUAUUUGAUGCCAGUGAAGAGGAGGAGGAUCGCUACAAUGAUAUUAUGUUGGUGAUGGAAAUGCUUACGAAUCUUCUGUCCAAGGAUUUCAUUGACUUCAGUGACCCAGAUGAUGAUUCCGUGCCUGGAGACAAAGUGGAAGCGUCGGACGUAGCCCUUUAUGGACUUAACACUGUGAUACCCCUAAUGAACGCCGAUCUGCUUAAGUACCCAACCCUGUGUUCUCAGUACUUCAAACUUGUGGCAUUCCUCGCCGAGCUACAUCCAGAGAAGUUUGCCAGUAUUCCAGAGGAUAUGUUCAAAAACCUAGUGGCAUCAGUUGACUUGGGAUUUUCAUCCUACGGGUCAGACAUCACCAAACUCAGCAUAGAGAUUGUCACAGAACUAGCAUCCUACGUGUACCAGGAGAACCAGGUUGGCACACAGAUCCACUCAACUUUGUGUCACUUCCUCAAGUCUGUGUUCAAUAUGCUGUUUCUGGAAACGUUUAACAUGGACCUUUUGGAGACAGCUAGUACUGGGCUUUUCUGUCUGAUCUGUUGUCAUCAGGAGCAGUAUCGAGAGUUGGUGAACCAGUUACUUCAGAACCAAACCGAUCCCACCUACAAACAACGCCUCCUGGAGGCUUUCAACAACCUUACUCCACCUACACUCACAAUGACUAUCAACCGCCAGAGCAAGAUCGCAUUCAUGCAUAACUUUGAUCAGUUUCUGACAAAUGUGCGUGGAUUUCUGUGUGUGAAGUAGUGUGGACUAUAUAAGUUCCCACAAAAUGUUAUUUGUGAUUUGUUUGAAUCGAAUAAAUAUUGUUAAAAGUUAUUUUCCAAGGCGGCAACCUAUGAAGAGAUGGACUUCAAUCUUGGAUAUAUUCACAGGAAUGGAAUUGAUGGAAGAUCUAACCUCUUGCAUUAAUUAUAUAUACUGUAUUCUAUUUUAGCAGACCCUACAAGGUUACUCAACUUUGUGAACAGAAAACCUCCCAUUCCUCAUGUCUUUCAGAAUGAAUAUUAUCAAAAAGGUGGAAGUUGGAAGGAAACAUAUGUUGGAACAGCGCUUCCUUGUAAACAGGUGUAGAAGAUGACCGGUAGUAACUAGUCAUGACUCUUAAUACCACUCCUCCCUGGUCAACAGGUGUAGAAGAUGUCCGGUAGUAACUAGUCAUGACUCUUAAUACCACUCCUCCCUGGUCAACAGGUGUAGAAGAUGACCGGUAGUAACUAGUCAUGACUCUUAAUACCACUCCUCCCUGGUCAACAGGUGUAGAAGAUGUCCGGUAGUAACUAGUUAUGGCUCUCAAUACCACUCCUCCCUGGUCAACAGGUGUAGAAGAUGACCGGUAAUUACUAGUCAUGACUCUCAAUACCACUCCUCCCUGGUCAACAGGUGUAGAAGAUGACCGGUAGUAACUAGUCAUGACUCUCAAUACCACUCCUCCCUGGUCAACAGGUGUAGAAGAUGACCGGUAGUAACAAGUUAUGGCUCUCAAUACCGCUCCUCCCUGGUCAACAGAUGUAGAAGAUGACCGGUAGUAACUAGUCAUGACUCUCAAUACCACUCCUCCCUGGUCAACAGGUGUAGAAGAUGACCGGUAGUAACUAGUUAUGACUCUCAAUACCACUCCUCCCUGGUCAACAGGUGUAGAAGAUGACCGGUAGUAACUAGUCAUGACUCUCAAUACCACUCCUCCCUGGUCAACAGGUGUAGAAGAUGACCGGUAGUAACUAGUCAUGACUCUCAAUACCGCUCCCUGGUCAACAGGUGUAGAAUAUACAGCUUCAAGCAGGGGACUGGUGUUAUAUGGCCCUCUUUACAAUGAUACCAUCAACCUUGUAUUAUAGUUUGUAUUUUGUUUAGUGUAAUGUCUGCUCUUCCAAAUUGAACCAUAUUUUGAAAUUGAAAUAGUGAAGUUUUUAAUGAAUUUUAUCUGUUUCCGAUACAUUAACCUUAGAAUUAGUGAUGCAGAAUUUGUACUAUUGGUUCAUAAUUAGUACAUUUCUCAAAUAUCGUUUAGUCUUUUCUUCGUUAUGUUGACUGUAAGGAGAAAGACAAAUUGUUUGAUUAUAUAUUUUCACUAUUUCCAAUUUCUAUUGGUCAAGUUGAAAAAUGUUAAAUUAUUUUCAGGUGAACUCUUUCGUAUGCAAUAUUCAUGUGCAUACUAGAAAUUCUGAAUGCUCUGUUUCAAGAAGGAAAUGAGAAGUAUAAUACUGCUGUGAACGAACACUUUAUUGGUUCUACAUCCUAAUUAAAUUUGAAGCACUAUAUGUUGAUGUAUUUCUGUACUAGGAGUACAGACAGGUUAUCUCCUACAAUUAUGAUGAAAAAAAAACCCCAGAAAUUAGUGCUUUUAGCCGAGUGAUAAUGCAGAUACUGCCGAGGGCUAGACGAAAGUUUUCUAUAGGUGAAGGACAUCAACACUAAGGUUGUCAUUGGUUAUAGCUCAGGUAACCCGACAAGUUGUGUAGUCAUAGGGUCAACAUUCCACCUCAAAAAGUUACUUUGGUGAAAAUGGAUAUGAAAAUAGGAUUAUUACAUGUAUUAACCUCUGUUUCAGGUCUGUUAAUGUUACAAUAUCCAGGUUAAUUAAUAUCAGUAUUCACCUCAGUCAGAAUGGAACAUCUAUAUCAUUGAUGGUAUCAGGUGUUUGUCAGUGACCUACAUCUUGUGUUCUUACCUGUAAAGGCAGAGUCCUAAUAUGUACCGGGGAAGGUGAUGUACUGGUCCUAAUACGUAAGUGGUAUACCAUUCCUAAUAUAUAGGUGGCAUACCAGUCCUAAUAUAUAGGUGGUAUAACAGUCCUAAUAUAUAGGUGGCAUACCAGUCCUUAUAUAUAGGUGGUAUACCAGUCCUAAUAUAUAGGUGGCAUACCAGUCCUUAUAUAUAGGUGGUAUACCAGUCCUAAUAUAUAGGUGGUAUACCAGUCCUUAUAUAUAGGUGGUAUACCAGUCCUAAUAUAUAGGUGGUAUACCAGUCCUAAUAUAUAGGUGGCAUACCAGUCCUUAUAUAUAGGUGGUAUACCAGUCCUAAUAUAUAGGUGGUAUACCAGUCCUAAUAUAUAGGUGGCAUACCAGUCCUUAUAUAUAUGUGGUAUACCAGUCCUAAUAUAUAGGUGGCAUACCAGUCCUUAUAUAUAGGUGGUAUACCAGUCCUUAUAUAUAGGUGGUAUACCAGUCCUAAUAUAUAGGUGGCAUACCAGUCCUAAUAUAUAGGUGGUAUACCAGUCCUAAUAUAUAGGUGGUAUACCAGUCCUAAUAUAUAGGUGGCAUACCAGUCCUAAUAUAUAGGUGGCAUACCAGUCCUUAUAUAUAGGUGGUAUACCAGUCCUAAUAUAUAGGUGGUAUACCAGUCCUAAUAUAUAGGUGGUAUACCAGUCCUAAUAUAUAGGUGGUAUACCAGUCCUUAUAUAUAGGUGGUAUACCAGUCCUAAUAUAUAUGUGGUAUACCAGUCCUUAUAUAUGUGGUAUACCAGUCCUAAUAUAUAGGUGGUAUACCAGUCCUAAUAUAUUGGUGGUAUACCAGUUCUAAUAUAUAGGUGGUAUACCAGUCCUUAUAUAUAGGUGGUAUACCAGUCCUAAUAUAUAGGUGGUAUACCAGUCCUUAUAUAUAGGUGGUAUACCAGUCCUAAUAUAUAGGUGGUAUACCAGUCCUUAUAUAUGUGGUAUACCAGUCCUAAUAUAUAAGUGGUAUACCAGUCCUAAUAUAUAGGUGGUAUACCAGUCCUUAUAUAUAGGUAGUAUACAAGUCCCAAUAUGUAGAUGGUAUACAAGUCCUAAUAUAUAGGUGGUAUACCAGUCCUAAUAUAUAGGUGGUAUACCAGUCCUAAUAUAUAGGUGGUAUACAAGUCCUAAUAUAUAGGUGGUAUACAAGUCCUAAUAUAUAGGUGGUAUACCAGUCCUUAUAUAUAGGUGGUAUACCAGUCCUUAUAUAUAGGUGGUAUACCAGUCCUAAUAUAUAGGUGGUAUACCAGUCCUAAUAUAUAGGUGGUAUACCAGUCCUAAUAUAUAGGUGGUAUACCAGUCCUUAUAUAUAGGUGGUAUACCAGUCCUAAUAUAUAGGUGGUAUACCAGUCCUAAUAUAUAGGUGGUAUACUAGUUCUUAUGAUUAGGGAGUAUACCAGUCUAAUACGUAGGUGGUAUAAUUUACUGGAGAACAACUAAAUUUCCAUGUGUUCAUAGUUGAUUAGAUCAAAAUACUCUGUUUAUCACAUGACAUAACUGUUUUAUUUAUAUUUAUGUUUACUGUGUUGUGUAUAUGUAUUUAUAUUUAUGUUUACUGUGUUGUGUAUAUGUAUUUAUAUUUAUGUUUACUGUGUUGUGUAUAUGUAUUUAUAUUUAUGUUUACUGUGUUGUAUAUAUGUGAUAGUCUUGUGAUCUAUGUGUUUUUUAAGGUAGGAUCAUGUAGUCAGUAGUUGGAUGAACUCUGUGAUUUCAGCAUGUAACAUACUCAUGCUGAUGAAGUUUGUGUUUGAGAAUGAUUACGAGGGUGAGUGUUGUAAUUGUGGAGUGAGGUUGGAGAAGAGAUGUUUUAUGAUAGUGUGUGUGUGAUAGAUCUAUCAAAACCAUGUUUAUUUCUGUGUAGUUAACACAAGGUUGCCAACAGCGAUUAGAGUUCAGUUUUAUUAGUAGACACUCUGUGUUCCUUUUAACAGUGCAUUACUUGCCCGGGGUGAUGUUGUUUGGGAUGAUAAUAUAUGCAAUAUUUUAUGCACCAUAAUGAAUACUCUUUUAUACAUUAGUGUUAAAACCAGGUCUAGCACAAAGCCAUGGGGUCUGGUGUAACAUUGAUGUGUUGUAUGUUUUAUAUCAGUGUUGAAGGAAUCACAGUAGUGUAGAUGGUCCUCUGGUUUAGGUUGAUGUUUUAGGACGGUUGAUACACGUUUACAGAUGUAUAUAUGUAGUGUUGCAUUGUUUAGAAUAUUACCUGUAUGUUUUGGAAUGACAUAGAUCCUGCAUUAUCUGCCCUUUUAUCUUCUCUUGAUAUCAUAAGUAAGUUCAUGUGGCCAAAUAACAGUAGUAAUGUUACUGUUUUAUCUUCUCUUGAUAUCAUAAGUAAGUUCACGUGGCCAAAUAACAGUAGUAAUGUUACUGAAUUAUCUCCCCUUGUAUUGUAUUAUCUCCCCUGUUACAUCAUUACGUCACUAUGACACUAUUAAAAGUGAUCACAAUGGAGAUAGCCACACUGUGAGGCUUGAAAAUGUACUUGAUAAAAAAUAUGCUGUUGUUAUUUUUGAUGUGUUUACAGUUUAGGGCCUGCUUGUACAACCGAUUUGCAUCAGACAUUCCAUGUAUAUAAAAUACUGGCCUCACAGAUAGGAUGGUCUUAACUAGUAGCCUUGCAGCUAAUGCUAACAGCUGUUUAGGUGUGCUUUCUAUUAGUGCAAUAUGAAACAUUUAUCUGACGGAUGCCAGACUAUUAUACUGUAAGAACAGUGUAUAUUGUCUAUGCUGUAAAUCAGACGGAUGCCAGACUAUUAUACUGUAAGAACAGUGUAUAUUGUCUAUGCUGUAAAUCAGACGGAUGCCAGACUAUCAUACUGUUAAAACAGUGUAUAUUGUCUAUGCUGUAAAUCAGACGGAUGCCAGACUAUUAUACUGUAAGAACAGUGUAUAUUGUCUAUGCUGUAAAUCAGACGGAUGCCAGACUAUUAUACUGUAAGAACAGUGUAUAUUGUCUCUUUAUGCUGUAAUUGUGGCCCUAUGAUAUGUCUUAUUUAACUUUUAUUGUAAUUAGGGCCCUGUGUAAUGUAUACUGCCACUGUAUGGUAAUUGAGGCCUGGUGUCAUGCUUACUGCCACUGUAUGCUACAAUUGUGACCCUAUGACAUGUAUCAUGGCACUGUAUAGUAAUUGAGGCCAUGUAUCAUGUAUAUUGCUACUGUAGGCUGUAGGCUGUAACCGUUGCCCUGUGACAUGUAUCAUGUAACUGUAUAGUAAUUGAGGCCCUGUGUCAUGUAUACUACUACUAUAGGUUGCAAUUGUGGCCCUAUGACAUGUAUCAUGCCACUGUAUAGUAAUUGAGGCCAUGUAUCAUGUAUAUUGCUACUGUAGGCUAUAAUCAAGGCCCCGUGACAUGUAUCAUGUAACUGUAUAGUAAAUGAGGCCCUGCGUCAUGAAUACUGUCAGUGUAGUCUGCAGUUGUGGCUCUGUAACAUGUAUCAUGUCCCCAUAGGAAGUAAUCACUGCUACUGGUUGUGGAAUUGGUACCAGUAUAACAAAGUCUACAGCAGGUGCAGCCAUAUGAUGGAGAAAACUGUCAGUGUUUGCUCUAUAUAUACAGUACCAUGUCACAUAUCCUCACCAUAUUCAGCUAUGUGCACUGUCUUGUUGUCCACAUUCAGCCCUGUGUGCUGUAGUGUUGUCCACAUUCAGUCGUGUGUGCUGUAGUGUUGGCCACGUUCAGUCCUGUGUGCUGUAGUAUUGUCGACAUUGAGUCCUGUGUGCUGUAGUGUUGUCCACAUUCAGCCAUGUGUGCUGUAGUGUUGUCCAGAUUCAGCCCUAUGUGCUGUAGUGUUGUCCACAUACAGCCCUGUGUGCUGUAGUGUUGUCCACAUUCAGCCCUGUGUGUUGUAGUGUUGUCCACGUUCAGCCCUAUGUGCUGUAGUGUUGUCCACAUUCAGUCGUGUGUGUUGUAGUGUUGUCCACAUUCAGCCCUGUGUGUUGUAGUGUUGUCCACAUUCAGCCCUGUGUGCUGAAAUGUUGUCCACAUUCAGUCGUGUGUGUUGUAGUGUUGUCCACAUUCAGCCCUGUGUGCUGUAGUAUUGUCCCUAUUCAGCCAUGUGUGCUGUAAUGUCCACAGUCAGCCCUGUGUGCUGUAGUGUUGUCCACAUUCAGCCAUGUGUGCUGUAGUGUUGUCCACAUUCAGCCAUGUGUGCUGUAGUGUUGUCCACAUUCAGCCCUGUGUGCUGUAGUGUUGUCCACAUUCAGUCCUGUGUGUUGUAGUGUUGUCCACAUUCAGCCCUAUGUGCUGUAGUAUUGUCCACAUUCAGCCCUAUGUGCUGUAGUGUUGUCCACAUUCAGCCCUGUGUGCUGUAGUGUUGUCCACAUUCAGCCCUGUGUGCUGUAGUGUUGUCCACAUUCAGCCCUGUGUGCUGUAGUGUUGUCCACAUUCAGCCCUGUGUGCUGUAGUGUUGUCCACAUUCAGCCCUGUGUGCUGUAGUAUUGUCCACAUUCAGCCCUGUGUGCUGUAGUGUUGUCCACAUUCAGCCCUAUGUGCUGUAGUGUUGUCCACAUUCAGCCCUGUGUGCUGUAGUGUUGUCCACGUUCAGCCCUGUGUGCUGUAGUGUUGUCCACAUUCAGCCCUGUGUGCUGUAGUGUUGUCCAUAUUCAGCCGUUUGUUGAAGUGUUGUCACUGGAGGUUUUGAAUUCGGCCAUGUUGAGUGAAUGAUCACAGUCUGAAAUGUUGUUCCAUAUCAAGAAUAUUUGAUUUUAGGUUUUAAAUUGGGUAUUAAGCUUCAUUUUGGUUGUUGAGCUGUGUCCAUUAGAUGCUUUCACUUCAAAUUGUGUUGCUUUCAGUUCACUGUGCCAUUUUUUGGCCCAUCCGUACACGUUUUUUGUUUUGUUUUUGUUUUUUUUUUAAAUAUUAGCAUUGAUUUAAGAUGUAUACAUAACUAAUGUAAUAAAAUGCUCACAGCUUUCAAGAC